CAGUGCCCCACGGCCCCGCGGCCCGGUCCCAGGCCCGGCGGGCUCGGGGCGGGGCGGGCGGCCGCGGGGCGGGGCGGCCGCGGGGCCCGGGGUGACUCAGCCGUCUCUCGCCUCGCGGUCCGCGCGUCCGCCGGCCUCGCAGGCGGGGCGGAGAAAAUGGCGCUGCCCCCGGCCGCCGCGCCCCCCGCCAGGGCCCGGGAGCCGCCGGGGUCCUGCUCCGCCUCCGCCGCCGCCAGCGCCGAGCCAGCGCUCGGCCUGCAGCAGCUAUCGGAGCUGCGGCCGGAGCCGGGCGGGGUCCCGCUGCACUCGCCCUGGACCUUCUGGCUCGACAGAUCCCUCCCUGGUGCCACAGCAGCUGAGUGUGCAUCAAAUCUGAAGAAAAUCUACACAGUACAUACAGUUCAGAUAUUCUGGAGUGUGUACAAUAAUAUUCCUCCUGUGACUAGCCUGCCUUUGAGAUGUAGUUAUCAUUUAAUGAGAGGAGAGAGGCGACCACUUUGGGAAGAAGAGAGUAAUGCAAAGGGUGGCGUAUGGAAAAUGAAAGUUCCCAAGGACAGCACGUCCACAGUUUGGAAAGAAUUGUUGUUAGCAACUAUCGGGGAACAGUUCACAGAUUGUGCCGCAGCAGAUGACGAAGUCAUAGGUGUUAGUGUCAGCGUUCGUGACCGAGAAGAUGUCGUCCAAGUUUGGAAUGUUAAUGCCUCUUUAGUGGGUGAAGCGACUGUUUUACAAAAGAUCUAUGAACUUCUGCCCCACAUAUCUUUUAAAGCAGUAUUUUAUAAACUCUAACACUGGUAGAAACUCUCCAGAAGGAGGUAUGCUUCGUUGCCAUUCAUGAGCAAGGCAAAAACAUUCUUCAUCACCUUCACCUUUGGACUGGGUUCACAUUUCUGAUUGCCUUGACUCAAAAGAGGAGAAAAGCAAUUUGGAAUAGUUAAAUCAGACACCCUGGAUUUUUCUCCCACUUCAACAGCCUGAGUUUGAGCAAGUCACAGCUUCUCAUCCUUUCCCUUUUCUCAUCUGAGUAUCAAGGAGGAUGGUCUUAGAUGGUCUCCAAGGUUCCUUUUACUUCACAAUUCUUUGAUUACAUUUCCAGGUAACAUGUUGGCUAGCAGCAGGCUCAAUAGGAUUUGGGUAUUUUACUAGAUAAUUAGACCCCAAAGUGGUUAGGCGGCAAUAAUCAGGUAAGACUGACCAAUGUAGGAUGAUUUACUGCCUAGCAAGUAGCUCUUGGGUUUGCUGGGGGCAAGAAAAAAGCCAAACAAGAAGGGGGAAAGCUGCAGCUUGGCCAGUUGAGUUAGGCUGAAUAGACACCCUAAAGGUAGAUGCUGAUUUAAAUUUGUGAGUAAUACGGGACUGGCUGGGCUCUCAGUAGAAAUCGGUAUUUUAAUGGCAUAAAUUAACAUUUAAAAACUCAAAAAUUAUUCAUAUAAAAAUUUGGAUUGGAAAAAACAAGCAAUUCUCUUUAUUUUGUAUAAAGCAGGCAGUCCUUUACUCAAUAGUUGUACACCAUGUGCUGCAGAAUUGAUUUGGAAAAAUGAGGUUUGGGCAGAAAUCUUACAGCAUGAUGAAGAACAGUCACAGGGUGAGCAGAGCUAGAAAGGUCCAACUUCAUGCUUUUACUUUGUCUUAUUAACAAAGUCUUGGCAUAAGAGUUCACAAGCUUACAAAAGCCAGAUGAUAUGGUAGCUUUUGCUAUAAGAAGAACUAACUUUGCAAGGCCUUCAGCAGGAUGCAUGAGGAUUGGGGUACUGAUAAGUUACAUAUGAUGUGGAUACAGAUUGAUUAUAUAUCUGAGAAACUCACAGUGUACAGAGACCCCCAAAUUCUGUUAAGACUAAUUUCUUUUCUGACUUGAGAAUUGUUUAGAGCAGGGGUUGGCAAAGUAUAAACUGCAAACCAAAUCUGCCUCCUCCCCUCUUGGCCUGUUUUUGUGUGGGCUGCAGCCAAAAAUGGUGUUUGCAUUUCUGAAUGGUUGGGAAAAGUCAAAAGAAGAUGAUUUUGUGACACAUGAAAAUUAUAUGAAAUUCAUUGUCCGUAAAUAAAGUUUUAUUCCCACACGGCCCUGCCCAUUUAUGUACAUAUUGUCUGUUGCCACUUUAGUGUUACAAUGGCAGAGUUAACUGUUGGAAAGAGACUGUGUGGCCCACAAAGCCUAAAAUAAUUUACUAUCUGUCCCUUUGCAGAAAAGUUUGCUCACCCCCAGCAUGGAGCAUUCCUCUAGUCCCUCAGUACCAAAGCAAACUAAUGCUGACCCAGCCUCUUCGGUUCCCCAGGGCACUUGCAGUUCUGAAUCUACUGUUCCACCCUCUCCAUAACCCAUCACAAUUACAGUAUUUCAGUGUCUCAACUAUGAUCACUCCAGACUGUCCCUCACACCUAGAAGUAAAAAUAAUCUGUGGGCAGUUCAUAUCUCUGCAUUCAUAAUUUGGAGACUAGCAUCACUAUAGUUCUACAGCUCUGCUACUUGAACCAACUUGCCUGUGUAUUUUAUUGCAGAGCAGACUGCCCUAAAAACCUUUCUUUAAAAAAAAAAUCAUUAAAAAGUGAAAUUUUUUUUAGUCAUAGCUACUAGAAAUGCUCAGUUACAUUAGUUCCGUUUACAAGCUAUCUUUAGGAAUUUGGCAGAUCCCAGUAACCCUGGGAGCUAUAAGGUGCCUCUCCCCCAGUGUUUUGUCCAAGUGAAGAGCAGAUUGGGGCAAAUAUCUGGGAUGAUCUCAAAAGGAAAAUAGUCCCCUGCCCCUACCCCCUGCUGUAAUCUGAAGAAUUUACUUUAUAUUAAAAGCAGAGAAAGGAAGCCAAAUUGUGCUUUGGCAGUUGGUAGGAGCAUAAGAGGUUUCAGAAAGGGCAAGCCCAUCUCUACCUUCCUGGGUCACCGUUCAUUGGCAGUGGAGGGAGGGGAUAGGUCAAAGCACACUCCAUCCUGAGCCACCCUGGCCUCAUCAGACCCAAGCCUCGGUGACGUCUCCACUCAAGGAGAGGAAGAUCCAAUGUUGUGUGCUUCCCAGUUCUCCCACACCUCACCCUUCACGUUAAAACAUCGUAGUAAGUCUUUGGAAAUAUUUUUGGUAGCAUAAUUUUUAAUUCUAGAAUCCCUGAUUGCAAUUAGUAAUUUUGAUAGCCCGACUAUGGGGUUGAAAAUGCACUGAAGAAAAAUCCACUGGGUCAUGGGAGAGGACCCAUCAGUUUAAUGAAAUGUCAUUUCCUAGGGUGGAGUGCAGAAGGGGGACGCCUGAUACAAUUGUUAGCACCCUUGUGUGGCUCUUUGUUUUGUUUUAUUUUUGUUUUAUUUUAUUUUUAAAGAUAGGCUUGUCAUUGGCCCUGUCUUGGGUAACUUUAGGUCCCCCCCCUCAAUUAUUUUGUGGGGUUCAUUUUCCCUUGCAGCAUUGCUUGCGGCCCAACAUACUCUUUUCAUGAGCUUGUUAGGAUUACUCAUCCUCUCGGGCACGGCAAGACGAAACAGGCAGCACGCCCCUUGCUUGUUUAUUCCUUGUUUUAAUUUUCAUUAUUAAGUUUCUCAGGAAAUGCACGCCUUACCUAACAGUUACUGGCAAAAAGGUAUUUGAGUUCUUGCCAACGUUUGGGGAAACUGAAUGAGAUGCCUAGAGGAGGUUGCCCCAUCCUUUGCUUAAAGUUUUCUUUCCUUUUUUUCUUUUUUGUUUUUU